AUGUUGUCGCGUCUCUUCCACCAGUCGUCGUCGACACUUCGCACAAAUAUUUCAUUCCGUCUGUUUUCACAAUCAUCACCAGCGAUGGCCAGCACGGUUCGUGUUGAGAAACAAGGAGAUGUUGCCGUUGUGAAGAUUGAUUUGCCGAACACAAAAGAAAAUGUGCUCAAUAAGGCACUUUCAUCUGAUAUGAAAGCCACUUUUGAGAAGCUUCAAGCUGAUGAGAGCGUCAAAUCGAUUGUGGUAAUGUCCGGAAAACCAAACAGUUUCGUCGCUGGAGCUGACAUUCAAAUGUUAAAAGCAGAGAAGAGCGCUGCUGGAAUCGAAGCUCUCUCUCGUGAUGGACAAGAACAAUUCUUUAGAAUCGAAAAGAGCCAGAAGCCAGUUGUCGCCGCGAUUAUGGGAAGUUGCAUGGGAGGAGGACUCGAGUUGGCUCUCGCUUGUCACUAUCGUAUCGCUGUCAACGAUAAGAAAACACAGUUGGCUGUGCCAGAAGUGAUGCUUGGAUUGUUGCCAGGAGCUGGUGGAACUCAAAGACUCCCAAAGUUGACCACAGUUCAGAAUGUGCUCGAUUUGACUUUAACUGGAAAGAAGAUCAAGGCGGAUAAGGCAAAGAAGAUCGGCAUUGUGGAUCAUGUGAUUCAACCACUCGGAGAUGGACUCGGACCAGCUGCAGAGAAUACUCAUAAGUAUUUGGAAGAGGUCGCAGUGAAGACAGCCAAGGAUCUUGCUGAUGGAAAGCUUAAAGUUAACAGAGACAAGGGAUUCGUUCACAAGGCUACUCAAAUGGUUAUGACGAAUUCGUUGUUCCUCGACAACGUUGUGCUGAAGAUGGCAAAGGAUAAGCUGAUGAAAUUGACUGCCGGCAACUAUCCAGCUCCACUCAAGAUUCUCGAAGUUGUCAGAACUGCCUACGUUGAUCCAAAGAAUGGAUAUGAAGCUGAAGCAAAGGCAUUCGGAGAGCUGUCUCAAACUUUCCAAUCCAAGGCUCUCAUCGGACUAUUCGACGGCUCCACUGACGCCAAAAAGAACAAAUAUGGCCAAGGACUCCCAGUCAAAGAGAUCGCUGUUGUUGGAGCCGGACUUAUGGGUGCUGGAAUUGCCAAUGUCACAAUUGACAAAGGUGUCCGCACUGUUCUUCUUGAUGCAAAUCCAGCUGGAGUCGAGAGAGGACAAAAUCAAAUUUUGACACAUUUGAAUGGACAAAUGAAGAGAAGAAAGAUCAAUAAGUUGGAGAAGGAGAGAAUCUACAAUCAUCUCGUCCCAACUAUCGAUUAUGCUGCAAUGAAGAAUGCUGAUGUCGUCAUUGAAGCUGUUUUCGAGGACCUUCAAUUGAAGCACAAGGUUAUCAAGCAGAUUGAGAGUGUUGUUGGACCAAAUACUAUUAUCGCUUCGAAUACAUCGGCUCUUCCAAUCAAGGAUAUUGCCGCUGCUUCAUCGAGACCAGAUAAGGUCAUCGGAAUGCACUACUUCUCGCCAGUCGAAAAGAUGCAAUUGCUCGAAAUCAUCACACACGAGGGAACAUCGAAAGAAACUCUUGCCACUGCUGCUCAACUUGGACUCAAACAAGGAAAACUUGUCGUUGUUGUCAAGGAUUGCCCCGGAUUCUUCGUAGUCCGAUGCCUUGGACCAAUGAUGUCAGAAGUCGUCCGACUUCUUCAAGAGGGUGUCAGCCCAACUGAACUUGACAAGCUCACCACGAAAUUCGGAUUCCCAGUGGGAGCUGCCACGUUGGCUGAUGAAGUCGGUCUUGAUGUUGCUGAACACGUUGCUCAAUUCCUUGGAAAGGCUUUGGGACCACGUGUUCGUGGAGGAUCUGCUGAUUUGCUGAGUGAAUUGGUGAAUGCUGGAUACAAGGGACGUAAGACUGGAAAGGGAAUCUUUGAAUAUGGAGAUGGAAAGAAGGGAAGCAAGAAGAUCAACGAUGAAGCCACUAAACUUCUCCAGAAAUACAAAUUGACACCAAAUGCUACAGUAUCAUCUCCAGAAGACCGUCAGCUCCGUCUCGUCUCCAGAUUCGUUAACGAAGCCCUCCUCUGCCUUGAAGAAGGAGUCCUUGCAUCCCCAUCUGACGGAGAUAUCGCCUCAGUAUUCGGUAUCGGAUUCCCACCAUUCUGGGGAGGACCAUUCCGUUUCGUUGAUCUCUAUGGAGCCGAAAAGUUGGUCUCAUCGAUGGAAAAGUUCGCUGGAGCCUACGAAGCAGCUCAAUUUGCUCCAUGUCAACUUCUGAAAGAUCAUGCAAAGAGUGGAAAGAAGUUCUACAACUAA